AUGGCAACGUACGGUGAUACAUUAAAUCAAACAUUUCUUGGUAUAUCAUCGAAUGAAGAUGGCGAAUUACAUCGUACAUUUCAUACUCCAUCAAAUAAUACAAAAUCAGCUGGUUUCACUUUUGAACAACAGUUUUUGUUUGAUAAUACAUGUUAUUCAAUAACAUAUCAACCACCAACGGUAUCAUGUCAACAAAUGACCACAGAACAUCUUGAUCGUUUAUGUUACUCUUGA